UCUUGUUUGUUUCUCUGUUUCAUCUUCCAAACACUUUUUGUUUAGAGUAGUUCAGUGAGUUUGGUAGUUAUUUAAUUCUGUUGUUAAAAUUUCAAAAAAGUGUGCAAAAAUGACCUCGGCGGAGGAAGUGGAUCCGGUUCUGACGGCCAAACAAACCUUGAUGCUGGCCCUCGGGGAAAAAUGGCCGCUCUAUUUGGCCAACAUGAAGCUGUGGUUCCGCAAGAAAACCCUGAAGGAAGAGUUCGAUCUUGAGUGCCGAAAGUUGUUCAGCUCGGAUCAGAUGCACCUGCACAACCGGUUCCUGUUGGCGAUUCUAAACAAAAUCGACGCCGUUUCACCACCGCAAAGUAUUAAUAGCUAUGGGACAGAGUCCAGCCAUGGCAGCAAGAGUGGAAGCUCUAAGAAGCGGAAGAGGUCAUCUAAGUCGUCGACGGAUCGGGCCACUUUCGAACCGGCCACGGUACACGAUUUCAUUCCGAAGGAACUGGUGGAUUACGAGCAGGUGGCCAGUCAGAGUGCAACGAUUCCCACAAUUCGGUAUGCUGCCCAGGAGCUGUUCCUCCCGGACAAUGGUCUCGUUCUGGGCCGAUUGCUUGUAGGCGCCUGGGAAAACGGUCUCCUGAAUGUGGACGAGAAUGCCGUGGAAUUGAUUGUCCACGCGGUGCAAGUGCUGCUGAAAAACAUUCUGACGGCGGUCAUUACCAAGCGGAAGCACUUCCGGACGACGGCCAAUGGGACGUUUGCGUACGACAUCGGGCACCCGGUGGCGCAUCCGUUCAAUCGGAACACGGUGACCAAGGCGAAGAUCGACGACGAACCGAUGGAGCUGGACAAGGAAAUCACGACCGUGUGCUAUCUGAAGCCACCGCCCGGCGAGUCGCUGUUUCUGGCGUCCUGUGGGGAACCUUAUCCAAACCAAAUCAAGAAGAUCACGGUCUACGACGUUUACAAGACGCUGCUCAACAGGAACAUCAUUCCAUCGCAUUCCGUGUAUUCGAUGAACAUGGAACGAAUAUCGAGUUUGCUCUCUUGAAUAGUUAGAUCUUGUGCGGUAAGUAAUGUUGCCUCUUUGUGUUAAGUCAUUUAAAUUUAAUUAGCUUGUAAUUAAAAUAGACAUUUAACGGAA